CUUCUUCCAGUUAGCAUGGCUGUCUUCAGCAGAGGAAGGCAGAAGAUCAAAGCUCUCUGCAGCCUAAAGACUUUAAUUUGUACACGAAACUUGACAGCAGGGAAGUUUGAUUAUGAUCUGGUGGUUAUUGGUGGAGGCUCUGGAGGGUUGGCGUGUUCAAAAGAAGCUGCCCAAUUAGGACAGAAAGUAGCUGUCUUGGACUAUGUAGAACCUUCACUUAAAGGCACAAAGUGGGGUCUUGGUGGGACGUGUGUAAAUGUUGGCUGUAUUCCGAAGAAGCUUAUGCAUCAGGCUGCAUUGCUUGGCACUGCAGUCAAAGAUGCUAAAAAGUAUGGCUGGCAAAUCCCAGACACCCUGUCACAUGACUGGCCAACAAUGGCAGAAGCUGUCCAGAAUCAUGUGAAAUCACUAAACUGGGGUCACAGGGUUCAACUACAGGACAAGAAGGUGAAGUAUCUAAAUAUGAAGGGCAGUCUCGUGGAUAAACACACAAUCAAAACAGUAAAUGCCAAAGGGAAAGAGAUGACAGUGUCUGCCAAAAACAUUGUGUUAGCCACUGGUGGACGGCCAAAGUAUCCCACACAUGUUCCAGGAGCUGCAGAGUUUGGAAUCACGAGUGAUGAUGUCUUCUGGCUCAAAGACUCUCCCAAAAAAACGUUGGUUGUCGGUGCCAGCUAUGUAGCAUUGGAAUGUGCCGGCUUUCUCGCUGGCAUUGGACUGGACACCACUGUGAUGGUGCGCAGUAUCGCCCUCCGGGGGUUUGAUCAGCAAAUGGCUGGUUUAGUCACAGACUACAUGGAGGCAUAUGGCACCAAGUUCUCCUGGAGGUGUACGCCGAAAAAAGUAGAAAAGCUGUCAUCUGGGCUUCUUCAGGUCACGUGGACGGAUCUAAAAACAAAAGAGGAACAUCGAGAUACCUUUAACACAGUGCUGUGGGCUGUAGGCAGAGCCCCCGAAAUCAGGACCCUUAAUUUGGAGAAGGUCGGCGUCGAGACCAACAAAGAAACCGGGAAAGUAAUCGUGGCCCCUGAUGAAGCAACAUCCGUGCCGAACAUUUACGCUAUCGGGGACAUCGCCGAGGGUCGUCCUGAGUUGACCCCGACCGCCAUCAGGGCCGGAAAGCUCCUGGCCCACAGACUGGUGGGCCAAUCUACUGAGCUCAUGAACUAUGAAAACGUGGCCACUACAGUGUUCACUCCGCUGGAGUACGGUUCUGUAGGUCUGUCUGAAGAAGAGGCAGAGAGAAGACAUGGCAAAGACCACAUUGAGGUGUACCAUGCGUUCUACAAACCGUUGGAGUUCGCAGUGGCCCUAAGAGAUUCCAGUCAGUGCUACAUUAAGGUGGUUUGUUUAAGAGAAGCCGGGCAGCGUGUACUAGGUCUCCAUUUUACCGGGCUGAAUGCUGGUGAGGUCACACAAGGCUUUUCUUUAGGCUUCCAGUGUGGGCUUACCUACACUCACCUGAGAAAUACGGUCGGGAUUCACCCCACCUGUGCUGAGGAGCUGACAAAACUCAAUAUCACGAAACGCUCUGGUCUGGACGCCACGGUAACGGGCUGCUGAGGUUAAGCAUCCCCUCCCUGAUCGCACGAGCACACGGGAAUCUACUGUGUGAUGUCAUAGCCGGGUGCAAAAUGAAAGAUGCCGAACUCUAACGAUACAGGGUCGUAACCUUGACCUUUAAACCGUCGACUUAAUGCAAAUCCAGCACAGAAAUACUCAUCUAAUAUUUAGUUUUACUACCGUCUAUGAUUUGUAUAGUAAAGGUCAGUGUUUUACAUAUUAACCUUCCCAAUAUCACAUUCCAGAGGACUCCUUCACCUCAACUGUAAUGCAUUGUUUUCAAACCAAAUCCAGGCCACUUCUGCUGGCUUUUUACCCUGGGUCACGAUAAUCCAAUAAGGUCCUCGUGUUUGCUCUACGGAGAUCCAGGUUAGAGCAACACCAACCACUGCGAACGAAUAAACACGGCCAUAAAUCAGGAUUAAGGCCCCGUUACGGUUUGCUGAAAUGAGAACCGUAAGAGAAAGUGGCCUAAUGUUUCUGAAAUAUAUUCUGCAAAUGUUGUUGUUUCUCCGGCUGUACUUCCUGUCCAUUAGUCAUGCGCCAGUCUUGACACUGAUGAAUGGGAUAGGCCCGUCGCUACGGUGACCCCACCCCGUUUCCCAGGGACGUAGACAAACACUCGGCGAGCAGCGUGUCAGUCAAACGCAGAGGCCGGUCGUGGACAGAGUGAGCGCUUGUUUAGUCCUGGACUUUAGGAGGUUCCCUACAGCACAGGGAGAAUAACAUACUGCCCUAAACAUCUACAGGGCCGGGGCGAGAUCGUGGUAGUACCACAAGUGCCCUGAAGGUGGCGGUAUUACCUUCUUUUUCCAUUAAUCCUGCUCGCGUUUGGAAGGGGUGCAAAUGUCUGGAUGAGGUCUGAAGCGUUUAGUCAUUAUGAGCUCAAGUCACAGUUAAUCACUGGCAGAAUUUAAGAUGAAUUGAACACUUACUGGGCGUUCUGGCUUUCACAGGUUUAGCUUAUCUGUUGUUUGUGUACUCGGCUAAUAGCUUCGGCCAGCGCUCCUGCCGCACGCUUUUGAGAGUACUUACACCAAAACUAUUCCCAAAAGUUGAAUUCAUUUCGUGGCAGGAAAUCUGUAACGUUCCCCGUUUGCGUCCAAACCAGGUAAAGUUGCAAAACCUGCCAAUUUAAAGGGAUAGGUCACCUAAAAAUAUUCACCCUCGUGUGAAGACCUGUGACUCUUCUGUGAAACACAGAAGAAGAUAUUUUGAGAAAUACAGGUUUGGAAUGACAUGAAUGUGGAUAAAUGAUGAAAGUAUUCAAGUUUGGGUGAACUGUCCCUUUAAAUAUAUAUUACAAUAACAUCUGUAGAACAUUACUUUUAUUCAUUUACUUUUGUGUGCACAGUUCACUGUAGUUCAAACCCUGAUCCAACUCACCUGCCUGUAGUUUUCAGGUUUACCUGAACGCCAUGAUUUAGAUGGUGAAGGUGUAUUUAUUUAAGUUGGGAAACUUUGCAGGACCGUGGCGCUCUUCAAGCAAUAUCGAUUUGUGCUAAAUCGAUAUUGAAAUCAGCUUUAGAAAUGCUAGCUAUAAUUCCUAUGUCAGGAUCUUAAAUCCCACCGGUAAAAUGAGUGAAAUUAACCUUAAAAUGAGUCAUUUAGUCAUGUUGUUUCAAACCUUUAUGACUUAUUUUAUUUAAGAACACCAAACGUAUUUUGUCAACUCUUUCCCAAAUAAUGAACGUGAAUGUGGAGUGGGCCAUGCAGUAGUUUUGUUUUCAUCAUAUAGAAAAGUUUGUGUCAUUUACGGAAGAAUGUCGUACAGGUUUAGAAAAACAUAAUGGUGAGAAACGGAGAAAAUGCCAUUUAAGGUACAAUUAUGGUCAAAUUUGACAACUCCAGAGGAAAUAUGUAAGAGUUUCAACAAGAGAUACACAAACUCCUGCGCUGGAUUCAUGAGAAUGCCAUUGAGUUACAAGUGAGGUUCUGUGUUGGAAAGAGUUUGUUUUUGUUUGAAGUCUAAUCUGCCCCGGCUCUGAUUAAUGAGCUUAAGAGCCGAGUGACAGGUUGCCGUGGUGAUGGAGAGGAGCACUGCGCUACCAGGUUUAUUUGUACCCGGGGCCGAUGGGAGCGAGGGGGGUACCAUGUGCUCGACUCAGGGAUGGGGUGCUGAAUGAAGACCCCUGACCCCAACACAGUACCACCAACAGCUUUGCUGUAUCAACACACACACACACACACACACACACACACACACAGCUGAUGGGCGGGCCUGCAACACACAAUGCAAAAUAUGCAGACGUUUGUAAGUGAUUCAUGUUUAUACGCAAGUAUUCACGUUCUGAAUAUAUAUAUUUUUUUGCAUUCAAAUUCUGUCCAGUGGGUUUACAGAUAUGUAACCCGCAGGCCAUCUUGAGACAGCAGCCCCCAGCAGUGCUCAUACACACACACACACAAACACACACACAGAAGGGUCAGGGUUCAACUUUCAAGGGCCCAGCUAAUGAUGACUUGCGCUAAAAGCCCAUACUGGAGAGGGCAAGUCUGAUGUCACCUGGCGUCCGAUUUUUUUUGUAAAUAGAGAAGCCCAGUUUGCCAUCGAGGCUUGCACUGGAUAAUUUAUGUGUGUGAUAAAAUAUGAAAUAUACACUUGCGAUAUUAAAGUAUUGAC